AUUAAAGAUGUUAUAUUUACGCAGCCAACCGCAUAAAGAGUGGUCAGACUUAAUUGUUAAAUGAAGGAGAUGGAAUAGCUUAUAAUGGAUAAAUAUUGUGUGGAUAACCAUUACCAUGUCAAUCUUAUAAUCUAUAAAGGCUUUCAUUAACCGUUUCAAAUUAACUAACAUGCGGAUGAAUGCACAACGUGGGCGAUGUCAGUGCGUUCGUUGACAAUUGAUAUUGUCAAAAUGACAAGGAUGAACGAAGAUGAAGGAAAUCAUGGAACCAAUGAAGCAACAGAUAUUGACGCUUCUAGAAUAUAUUUAAGGGAUGAAGAUGGUGAUAAUCUCUUACAUAUAGCCAUAAUAUUACGUGAGGUGACAUUAGCCAUGAUGUUUAUUGGUAAAGCACCAUCAAACGCCUGGCUGUCUUUUGCAAAUUUCUUAUUUCAAACACCUCUACACCUUUCCGUAUUAACCGAUCAGCCAGAAGUCACUAGAAGAUUAAUUGUUGCCGGUGCUGAAGUAGAUAAACGCGAUAAGGACGGUAAUACAGCUUUGCACAUUGCGUGUCGCCAAGGACAACACAAAAAUGUGCAAAAUCUUCUUGAGCCUGUCAGAUAUCAUGAAAUCAAACAUAAUUCUUAUGAUAUACCGUACCAAACAAUUCCACAGGAUUUAUCCAUAAAGAACUAUGAGGGAUUAACUUGCCUACAUUUAGCUGCAUCACACGGACAUUUAGAUAGUGUCAGUAUGUUACUGGACAAAGACAUAGACGUUAACCUCAAGGAAGGAAAAACAGGUCGGACAAUAUUACACAAUGCUUGCCUUACUGGUGAUUUAAAUAUUGUCAAAUUCCUGUUAAGGCAUCGUUCCUGUAAUAUAAAUGCAAGGACCUUUGAUGGGAGCACGCCAUUUGACCUUGCACGUAUUCGAGGUCAUGAAGACAUUUGCCUGAUCCUUGCUGCUGCAGGGGCAGGAUAUGGAGAAGAUUUAACAGACUCUGAUUAAACGGUAUCAUAAAAGACUGCAAGUCCUUUUACAUUCACAGUUGCUGUUCCGAUUCAGGGAAAAGAAAUUAUUUAAUAUCUGACAUUUAUCUCAAUCAGGGAAGGAUUUUAGACAAAAAUGUUCAUACUUAUAAUUUUGAUUCAACAAACAGUAAAACUGAAGUUGGAAUAUAUUUAUAUAAAUCCUAGUCGUGUACUUAUUAUAUGUUAGUGAUACUCUAAAUACCUCAUAGUUGUUAUAAAUACAAAUGUUUUAUAUUAAUCAUCCACAGAAAAGUGCUCAAUUAACUUUUACAUGUAACGAUUUGAUAGGUUUCUACCAUUAUUAAUUUUCAAUGUAUCUACAUUCUGAGUAUAUAUAUUAUACAUUUCUUAAAGUUUGUCAUUAUUGCCAACUUGCUUAACCAUAACUCCAUAUAUUUUUAUGUUUGUAAUAGUCUUUGUUAAGCUUGUUUAGUAUGUUAUUAUUUUGCACCAUUUGUAUAGGAUAAUUUUUGUUAUAGGGCAAUAUAUUGUGAUAUCAAACGUACAAUAGAUGGUUUUCAUUCAUGCAUUUUUAAUUAUAACAUAUGUUUUCAUUGGAAUGAUCGAACCAUAAUAAAGUGUUACUCUUUUGUUUAUACAGUGGAUACAUGUUAAUCAUAUUCAUUUUAACAAUUAUUUUUCAGUUUGUCCAUAUUCAUUAAAUAAAAUUAACACAAGUGUCUUUCCCUAUCUAAUUCAUGUUUAUUAUUUAAUACUUCUGACAUUUCAGCAAUAAAGUAUUUUAAAACUUGCACAUUAUUUCCAAAAAAAUACUUAGCGUUAGUACACUAUGUUAAUAAGACUUUAAUAAUACAAAAAUAUUUUUUCCUAUGAUUUAUUGCCAUGAACAAAAUCUGAUAUCAUAAGUUUUUUUGUUAAAAUUAUAGAUGUUGAAUUUGUCACUAACUUGUUUCCUAGUGCCAUCAUGUGUUCGUCAAAUAUUUUGAUUAUAUAAUUGUUAGAUGUAUUUAGAGGUUUAUAUACAAUGUGAUGAUUUAAUUUCCGAAUCCGAAGCCAGUUUGUUUUGUUUUUUAUCUUUAAUACAUCAAGAUAUUGUUACUGAUGAUAAUUGUUGUUUGUUUAAAAUCAUCAGCUCAUUUUAUACAAUAAACUUAUAAAACAAC